AUGAUCAAAGAUUGUAAAGUGAUACCGGGAGAAUCUCUGACCGCACAGCACAGAAUUCUAGUUGCAGAGCUUCUAAUGAAAAGGUCUAUAAAGGUAAAGAAAGAUAGAAUACCAAGAAUAAGAUGGCACAGAUUAGACCGAGAAGAAGGACAUAAACUGGUCAACGAAAUAAAGGAUGAAAUGACAACAAUAAACAACGAUAACAACGCUGAAACAACAUGGAAUGCCUUCCAAAGCCUCUGCAACCAGAAAGCAGCUGAGCAUCUUGGCGUGUCAAAGGGACCCCUGAGCAACGACAAGGAUGCGAAAUGGUGGAAUGGUGAUGUGAGAGUUAAGGUCGCGCGAAAAAAGACCCUCUUUAAACAGUGGCAACAAACUAAUGAUGCAUUUGAUAACGCUGCGUACAAAGAGGCAAAGAAAGAGGCGAAGAGGGCGCACAAUGUAUUAUAG